AUGCUCCAACUCAUCCAGUCAAUUCAAUCACACACAGACAAAGUAUGGAGCAUAUCAGCUCACCCAACAUUACCACUCUUGGCCACUGCGUCAACUGACAAAUCAACCAAAGUGUACAAACUAUCUAUUGCGCAAAAAUUCCCCCAGAUUGCCAACUUAGAAGACACACACAGGCGAUCAGUACGAUCGGUUUCGUUUAAGCCUCCCAUGGGUGGAGUGGACUACAAGCUGAACGUGUUGGACUUGCCUGCAUUGGCCAGUGGUUCAUUCGACUCAACGAUAUCGAUAUGGGGUAUAGAUGAGCCCGAUGAGAAUUAUGAAGUUGAGGAGAUUGUGGAUAAUCAAGCUGAGAUAUUGACGAGUCCUUCCAAUGAGUGGAACUUGAUGGCGAUAAUCGAGGGCCAUGAGAAUGAGAUUAAGGCGGUUGAUUGGAAUUUUAGUGGGAGGUAUCUUGCUUCGUGUUCGAGAGACAAGACGGUCUGGAUUUGGGAAACUGAUCCAGAAACGUUGGAGGAGUUUGAGUGCGUUUCUGUAUUGAAUGAUCACCUGCAAGACGUAAAGAAUGUGACUUGGCAUCCUACUAGUAAUUUGUUGGCCAGUUCAUCUUAUGAUGACACUAUAAGAAUCUACAAACAAGAUUUUGAUGACGAUGAUUGGUCAUGUGUUGGGAUAUUGGAUUCACAUGAGGGUACUGUGUGGUGUUCCAAAUUUGAAAGUCCAAAGAGCCCCCACGCUACAAAAGAUAGAAUCAGGUUGGUAUCAGUGAGCGAUGAUUUAUCAGUCCGCAUAUGGUACAGUCAAGAUGAAACGAGUAAUGAUGCAAAUGGUAGUACUAACGGGACCAAUUUGCCCUCUUCAAUCAAGCACACCUCCGAAAUGGUUUGGGAACAGGAAUGCGUGUUGCCCAAAGCCCACACCCUUCCCAUAUAUUCGGUGGCGUGGUCAUCAAAGACGGGCAAGAUUGUGACUUCUGGCUCAGAUGGACAAAUUGUGGUUUACAGUGAGAUCGCAACUGGCAAGUGGGAGAUUGAAAAUGUGCACCAAUUUGCUCACGGUGUUCAUGAGAUCAAUUGUGUCAUUUGGGCAAAUUUGGAUAAUGAAAAAGAGGAGGUUGUAAUAUCAGCAGGCGACGAUGGUUGUGUGAACAUAUGGAAGGAAAAAGAGUAG